AUGCCGUACCCCCCCUCCCCCUACGGCAAAAUUAUUGCCUUUUGGCAACACCCGGCCGGAAAGGGAAAUGAAAUCUCCACAGUUGGGGGUGUGAUUGCAACUGCAAGUACAGCCGUAGCGAGUGUUGUCACGCUUCGUCAAUGCGAUGCCAUCAAUGAUGCAGUGAGUACAUGUGCAAACUACACUGUCAAUAAAGCACAAGAAACGAUUGUCCUGAAUGGAGUUUGCGCUGCCGGGGCAGUAGUGAGUGGGACUGCUGUUGCCGUUGCCGGUUUAGUGACAAACAACGAUGAUCUUUUUGACUAUGCCAAUGACAUUCUCAAAGACGCUGGCAAGGCAGGCGAGAAAGUUGGCACCGAAAUCUUGGACACCGUCAAUGGCGUUCUUGACAGCACACCAGGUGUGGGACAUAUCAAAGGAGCAAUCCAUGAAUUGCGUGGCAAUGAUGAGGCCGCAAGGAAGGCCUAUUUUUCAGCUAACAGAACAGUUGGAGUGAUAGGUGGGGCAAUUGCAGGCAGUAUUGGCGGACCAGUUGGUGCAGUUGCUGGUGGUAUAGCUGGUGGUGCUGCAAUGGAUGGCGUGAACACUGGAUAUGCAACGCUUAGAGAUGACCAAUACAGUCCCCAGGGUCAGAUUGCAGCUUGGACUCAGGUGUUCACGGCCAAAAAUGGCGAAGAUGUUGUCGACGGCCUUGUACAUGGAUUUGUCACACCUGUCUUCGACGGAAUCGCCGGCUAUCAAUAUGCAAAAAUGACUAACGCCUUGAAAGAUCAACGUCCACAAAGAACAGUCGCUGGUGGAGCCAAGGAAGAGGCGUAUGUACCGCAGAAGCGAAAAAUAGGAUAUGAGAGCGCCAAGAGAAGACAGCUUAAUGAUGGAUCUGCUUACAAAAUUGCCGACCAUCCGGAAAACUUCCCGACAAGUGCACCGGUUACUGCGACAGCUGCCCAAGGAAAUGCUGGGAAUUUUGCGGACAAUCCAAAUCAUUCAAAUAAUAAAUACCAAGACCCUCAAGACUUUGACUCGACUGAGACUGCUAACACAAUUUCAUCAGAUACUAUAAACGACACCUGGGAGUAUGAAGCCAACAAAUCGGUCGGAAACACGUAUGGUCUCCAGAGCAAAGUCGUCAAGCUUCCUCAUGAUUGUGGCACGCGUGGAAUUCAACUUCUGAUCGACGAAAACAAUAGAAGCAUCACUUUGAUUCAGCAUGCUGGAGAUGGUCAAUACGGUCCGUUCACUGGUUUGGCCGAACAGCAAGCAUAUACCUUAUUUAGGACAAUCAGAAAGAACAUCAAUUCCAAUACCCGAACAAUAAAUUUGCUUGGAUGUCACGUCGAUAAAACUUUUGCACAACAAUUUCAAGCUUUACUCAAUAAAAAUAACUGUUCCCACAUCACGGUUCAGGUUCUUCAGGACAUGUCAAUCGGGACGGUACCUGGCGAGUGGAGUCUCUACAUCUACGCUCAAGCUGGAACAUUCUCCAUCGUUCACCAAAACGCAGGGAUCGGUAUAACACGUCCUAUCAACGAGCUUCACGAUUAUCUCACAUCUCCAGAAAAUCUGCAUAGAAACUAA